UCUGAUUGGAGAGAUGCCUGUCAGUCACACGGAGGGCCGGGUCCUGAUUGGACGGUGAGGGAGCACGUGUUCCGGCGGUGUGUAUGGGGAUCUGUGGCCUGCUGUGGAGGCGCCUGUGCCGGUCUGUUAUCAUGUCCCAGACCGAGGCUCGGGCCUUCAGCUCCCGCAAGAGCAAAGCGCCCCGGGAGACCCUCCGACACAUCAAGAACAAGGAGAAGCUGAGCCGGACCGGAACCCUCGGGCCCCACACCUUCUAUGUACAGGCGGUGGCCUCCGGGAGCCGCGACACCGGGGCCUCCCUGUACCUCUUCUCCGAGCACAACCGGUAUCUGUUUAAUUGUGGAGAAGGGACACAGAGGCUGAUGCAUGAGAACAAGCUGAAGUUGUCCCAUCUGAGCACCUUGUUUGUGACCCGAAUGAACUGGUCCAACGUGGGAGGAUUAUCAGGGAUGCUGCUGACGUUGAGGGACGUCGGACUUCCGUCCUGUGUGGUGGCCGGACCUCCUCAGCUGGAGAAACUCCUGCGAGCCAUCAAGACCUACUGUGGACCCCUAGAUGGUCUUAAUGUUGAGGUUCAUCCCUACACCGAUCCUGUGUACAAAGACGAGACGAUGACCGUCCACCAAGUACCGAUCUUCAGUAAUGGGAGUGGAAAAGAAUCGUCGGCCCAACCUCUGGACCUGAGUCCCUCCGCUGAGGCCGGGGGUCGGGGGGAUGGGAGAACAUCUACAGACCAACGAAGAACAGCUGACAGAGGCCCGCCGUGCGUCAUUUCUUUUGUCUGUAAGGUUCAUGACAAAAAAGGACAUUUCCUGGUUGCCAAAGCGAAGGAGAUCGGACUUCCUGUAGGGACCCGAGAGAUCGGAGUGCUCAUCUCAGAGCUUAAAUCUGGGAACAGCGUCACAUACCAGGGCAAAGAGAUUUCCCCGGCUGAUGUCCUGAGUCCGGACAUCCCGGGCCCCAGGUUUCUUGUGGUGGAAUGUCCAACUGAAGACUUCAUAACUCCCAUGAUUGAGAACGAGACAUUGAAGAGACACCAGGAGGGGAAUUCGGAGGGCGGAGUCGAUCUGAUCGUCCACAUGACCCCGGAACACAUUCUCCACUGCAGCAGCUACCGGAACUGGAUGGAGCGGUUCGGCCCGCGGACGGAGCACCUGAUCCUGAAUGAGAGCGUUUCCGCCAUCCAUAACCAAAGUGCCUACAGAAUCCAGAGCCAGCUGAACCUCAUCCACCCCCGUAUCUUCCCGACUCUCCCGGACCUCUCCAGGAAGAAGGCGGCAGAGAAGGACGUCCGCGGGGUGAGAGCCGAAUGUCUUCUAAAAUACCAGCUGAGACCCACCCGGGAAUGGCAGAGGGACAUGGUCACCAGUAACAACACCCCGGAGUUUGUGAAGGAGGCGAUGACUCUGCCGGGAUUCCCGGACGCUCUGAAGGAGUGCAGGCGGCUGCUGGAGGCCGACAUCCCACAAUCUGCAGAGGAGGAUCCCCAGUAUCCUGUGGUCGUGUUUCUAGGAACCGGUUCUGCUGUGCCCAUGAAAAGCCGCAAUGUCAGCUCUACUCUGGUGCAUGUCAGUCCCUCCCUGGUGUUGUUGCUGGAUUGUGGAGAGGGGACGUUCGGCCAGCUGUACCGGCACUAUGGUGAUGAGGUGGACGACGUUCUGUGCCAGCUGUCUGCAGUGUUUGUGUCUCACAUUCACGCCGAUCAUCACACGGGCCUCCUCCGUGUUCUGUAUGAGAGGGAGAGAGCGCUGAGUUCACGCGGAAAGCCAUUCAGUCCCGUAUUCCUAGUAGGUCCCACCAUUCUAAUGACCUGGCUCAAUCAGUUUCAUGACCACUGCCAGGAUCUUCUCCACAAUAUCCGUUUUAUCCCAUCGAGGAGUCUAAUAGAAGGCGCAGAGGAAGAGUGUCCCAAGGCCAGAAGCCUCGUCUCCUCCCUGCUGGAGAAGUGCCAGCUGGAUAAGUUUCAGACGUGUCAUGUCCGCCAUUGUAAGAAUGCUUUUGGCUGUGCGGUGGUCCACCAGUCUGGCUGGAAGUUGGUUUUCUCCGGGGACACCAUGCCCUGCGACGCUCUCAUUGAGAUGGGAAAAGACGCCACACUACUCAUCCAUGAAGCCACGCUGGAAGAUGGAUUGGAGCAAGACGCAAUCGAAAAAGCACACAGCACGACCUCUCAGGCCAUCAGUGUGGGGAGGAAGAUGAACGCCGAGUACGUGAUGCUCAACCACUUCAGCCAGAGAUAUUCCAAACUGCCGCUGAUGAGCGACGAGUUCAGCAGAAAGGUGGGGAUCUCCUUCGACCACAUGCGGAUCCGAUGGAGCGACUUUAAAAUCCUUCCCAAACUAAUGGGGCCCAUCAAAGCUUUGUUCGCCGACGAUCUGCUAGAGCUGGAGGAAAAGAGAGAGAAAAGAGAGCGCAACCAACAAGAAGCGCAGAACUCGGCGGCCGACUCCAUCGGACCCGCCGGGAGCAAACGGGAUCUGGAGGUGGACGGAGAGGGCGACUCCGCCAAGAGGAUGAAGGCCAAGUGAAGGAGUAUUAUCGCCCGCUUUGGUGGCAAGUCGCCCCGUGGCUGCAGCUUUUCGGGUCAGGGCGGACUUCCGGUAGCGGAGGGUGGAAAGCCGCUGUGGGUGAAGGAGAGCGUCAUCUGUACGAGGAACCGAACACCGGGCGGUGGAGGAGGAGACUCGGAGGGAUUGGUCUUCAAUGUCCUGUGCCCCUCCCCCAAGGAUGCCCCGCCCAAGUUCACAGUCACCUCCAAUGUGACGCCUCAUUUUUAUAAUCUGUUCCAUUUCAAUAUAUUGCAUCCUUCCAGGUGCGGAAAUGCCUUCGGGGGGCCAUUUCUCUCCUUCACUUCUGAUAUGUGAAAGGCUUUGCAAUCAAAUAUUCCUGCAUGUGCUGCUUCUCUCCUGGGGCUGCUGUGUGCUGCACUGUGCAUACCUGACAGGUACAAAGCACCCGGAAAGUAUUCACAGCGCUUCACUUUUUCCACAUUAUGUUACAUCCUUAUUACAAAAUGGAUUCAAUUCAUUAUUUUCCUAAAAAUUCUACAAACAAUCCCCCGUAAUGACAACGUGGGAGAAGCUUCUUAGAAAUCUUUGCAAAUUUAU